CUUCUUCAUCAUCAUGUCGCACUCUCUGGCGCUUCAAUUUCCCUCUCUGCUCGCCAUGUUCAUUUUCCCCUUGUCCCCAUUUGCUUGAUCGGAGACGGGAAGGCAGACACCGCACCGUCGACGGAGAGCUUUGAUCGGGUCCCAGCCCAGCGUUUCGCAGUGAGUGGGCGGUUUCGGGGCGGGAGGAUGCCUUUGUUCCUCUCGGACGAGGAAUUCGCUCGGUGCUCUGGCGAUGCCGCCUUGGUGGCGGAGAGAGCGGAUGACUUCAUCAGGAAGCUGCUCAAGGAGCUUGAGACGGUGAAGGCGGAGUCUGACGCUGCAUCCAUCACCGCGGAGCAGACUUGCUCCCUCCUCGAGCAGAAGUACCUCUCGCUGUCUUCUGAAUUCUCCGAGCUUCAGUCUAAGUGCGCCCAGUUCCAGUCCUCCCUCGACCAGCGCCUCUCCGAGCUCGCCGAUGUCCAGGCCCAGACGCACCAGCUCCGCCUGCAAUGCAUUGCGAAGGAUGGAGAGAUAGAGAGGCUGACGGCGGAAGUGUCCGAGUUGCAUAAGUCCAAGCGGCAGUUGUUAGAGCUGGUGGAGCAAAAAGACCUUGAGCUCUCAGAGAAGAAUGCCACCAUCAAGUCUUAUCUCGAUAAGAUUGUCAGCUUGACUGAAAGUUCUGCACAAAAAGAGGCGCGUCUGAGUGAGGUUGAAGCUGAAUUAGCGAGAAGUCAGGCUGCUUGUUCUCGGCUCUCACAGGAGAAAGAGCUUGUUGAACGACACAAUAUAUGGCUUAAUGAUGAGUUGAAGGCUAAAGUGGACAAUCUCAUAGAAUUGCGGAGAACUCAUGCGGAUCUCGAGGCUGAUAUGUCUUCUAAACUUGCAGAUGUUGAAAGACAAUUCAAUGAAACUUCUACUUCUUUGAAGUGGAACAAAGAAAGAGUGAGGGAGUUAGAGACAAGGCUGACCUCUUUGCAGGAGGAAUUGUCUUCAUCCAAAGAAUCUGCAGCAGCUAAUGAGGAACGGUUUUCAGCUGAAAUCUCAACAGUGCAUAAACUUGUUGAAUUGUAUAAAGAAAGUUCUGAAGAAUGGUCUAGAAAAGCAAAGGAGCUUGAGGGUGUUAUCAAGGCUCUGGAGACACAUUUGGCUCAAGUCGAGACUGAUUACAAGGAUAAACUCGAAAAGGAAGUAUCUGCAAGGAUACAAGUGGAAAAGGAGGCCGAAGAUUCAAAGGUUAAAUUGGAAAGGUGCGAAGCAGAAAUAGAAUCUCUGAGAAAAGAAAAUGAAUUGAGCCUUCUGCCCCUCAGCAGCUUCAGUACAGACAGGUUGAUGGUUUCAAGUGAAUCAAACGAGAUAGUUGAAGCUAAUAGUAUGAUUGUCCCUAAGGUACCAGUAGGUGUUUCAGGGACAGCGUUAGCUGCUUCCCUUCUCCGUGAUGGAUGGAGUCUUGCCAAAAUGUAUGCAAAGUACCAAGAGGCUGUAGAUGCAUUGAGGCAUGAGCAGAUGGGGAGGAGAGAAGCCGAAGCUGUAUUACAACGAGUUUUGUAUGAACUGGAAGAGAAGGCUGAGCUUAUUCUGGAUGAAAGAGCUGAGCACGAGAGAAUGGUCGAAGCAUACUCUCUGAUUAACCAAAAGAUGCAACAUUGUACAUCUGAACAGUUGAAUUUAGAGAAAACUAUCCAAAGUUUGAAGGCUGAUAUCAAGAGGCAAGAAAGAGACUACCAGCUAGCUCAAAAAGAGAUUGACGACCUUCAGGAGCAGAUCACUGUUCUUCUCAAGGAGUGUCGUGAUGUACAAUUACGCUGUGGAUCCGAUGUGCGCGAUCAUGCUGAUGUUGAGACGAUGAAGGUCGCUUUUGAGACCAAUGGAGACACUGAGAAAAUUAUCUCCGAACGUCUUUUGACCUUCAGGGAUAUAAAAGGAUUAGUUGAGCAAAAUGUUCAGCUGAGGAGCCUUGUGCGCAGCUUUUCUGACCAGAUUAAUGAUAAAGAGACGGAAUUUAAGGACAAAUUUGAAUUGGAGCUCAAGAAACAUAUGGAGGAAGCUGCCUCAAAAGUUACUGCUGUGUUACAAAGAGCUGAGGAGCAAGUUCAGAUGAUUGAAUCAUUGCAUACCUCGGUUGCUAUGUACAGAAGAUUGUAUGAAGAGGAACAUAAACGCCAUUCUUCUUAUUCACCCACUGCUGUUGAGAUUACAGAUGGGAGGGCUGACCUCAAGUUACUUAUUGAGGGUUCUCAGGAGGCUGCUAAAAAGGCACAAGAGCAGGCUGCUGAACGAGUGAGAUCUCUUGAAGAUGAGUUGGACAAAUCUAGGGCCAAGAUUAUUUCCUUGCAGUCAGAGCGUGACAAAUUAGCUUUGGAAGCCAAUUUUGUUCGAGAUAAAGUUUAUAGCCUUGUCAAAGAAUCUGAGCACAAGAGACAAGAACUAGAUGGAGUCUUAGCAAGGAACGUGGAGUUCUCUCAGUUGAUAGUUGACUACCAGCGAAAGCUUCGCGAUAGUUCUGAAUCUUUGCAUGCAGCUGAAGAACUUUCUCGGAAGUUAACAAUGGAGGUAUCUAUUCUUAAGCAUGAAAAGGAAUUGUUGGCAAAUGCUGAAAAGAGAGCUUGCGAUGAGGUGAAGAGUUUGUCGGAACGUGUCUAUCGCCUGCAGGCUACACUGGAUACUGUACAGAGUGCAGAAGAAGUCCGUGAGGAGGCAAGAGCUGCAGAGAAAAGAAAAAUGGAGGAAUAUACUAAGCAAAUUCAGAGGGAAUGGGCCGAGGCUAAGAAAGAGCUGCAAGAAGAGCGUCAUAAUGCUCGAAAUAUAACCCUUGAUCGUGACCAAACUUUAAAAAGUGCCAUGAAACAAGUUGAAGAAAUGGGGAAACAGUUGGCUGAUGCCUUACAUGCUGUUGCAGCUGCUGAGUCCAAGGCAGCUGUUGCUGAGGCCAGACUGUCAGAUCUGGAGAAAAAGAUCAGAUCUUCCGAGUCAAAGGUGGAUGGCAUUGAUGGUAGUCCUAUGAUUUCUACUAAUGAGCUUGUUGCGGAAAUAAGAAUAUCUAAAGAAGAUAUGGAGAAAUUGAAAGAAGAGGCAAAGGCAAAUAAAGAGCACAUGCUGCAGUACAAGAGCAUUGCAGAAGUGAAUGAAACAGCACUAAAGCAGAUGGAACAUGCUCAUGAGAACUUCAAAGCUGAGGCUGAGAGACUAAAGAGUUCCUUAGAAGCUGAGGUACUUUCACUAAGACAAAGGGUCUCUCAAUUGGAGACUGAAGUGAGUUCAAAAUCUGAAGAAGUGGCUUCUGCAAUUGCUGCAAGAGAGGAGGCCCUUUCUUGUUCUUCGGCAGAGCUUACAAAAUUGAAGGAAGAAAUUGUGGCUAAAACAUCUGAAGUUGUUGCAUUGGAAACUAAAAUCUCUUUGCUUGAAGACAAAUGGAAGAGUGAGCAUGAACGUUGGCGAUCUGCCCAUUCGAAUUAUGAAAGACAGGUUGUCCUGCAAUCUGAAACUAUACAAGAGUUGACCAGAACAUCAGAAGCUUUGGGUGUACUGCAAGAGGAAGCGUCUAAAUUGCGGAAAAUGGCAGAUGCACUUAAGAGUGAAAAUGAUGAGUUGAAGUACAAAUGGGCAGCGGAGAAGUCAGUACUAGAAGAAUUGAGAAAUGCAGCUGAGAAGAAAUACAAUGAAUUGAAUGAACAGAAUAAAAUACUGCAUGAUAGACUUGAGGCUCUGCACAUCCAAUUGGCUGAGAGGGAUCGCUCAGGUGGAAAUUCUGGAGGUGCAGUUCCAGAUUCCAGUUUACAGAAUGUGAUCAAUUAUCUCCGACGGACUAAAGAAAUAGCGGAGACAGAAAUUUCAUUGUUGAAACAAGAAAAGCUCCGCCUGCAGUCUCAGCUUGAGAGUGCUCUUAAGGCAGCAGAAACGGCCCAAUCGUCCCUUCACGCUGAACGUGCCAGCUCAAGGGCAAUGAUGUUCACAGAAGAAGAGUUCAAAUCUCUUCAACUUCAGGCUAGGGAAAUGAAUUUGCUUCGGGAAAGCAACUUGCAACUUAGAGAAGAAAACAAGCAUAACUUUGAGGAAUGCCAGAGAUUGCGUGAAGAAGCUCAAAAGGUCAGGGUUGAAUGUGAACAUCUAGAAAAAUUGUUGAGGGAGAGACAGGCUGAGGUGGAAGCCUGCAAAAGUGAAAUUGAAUGGCAGAAGGGAGAGAAGGCUCUAUUAGAAAAGAAGGUGGCUGAGUUGCUUCAAAAGUGCGGAAAUAUUGAUAUAGAACAUUACGAGCGCUUGAAGAAUGAGGUAUCCCAAUUGGAGGAAAAACUUAAAGAGAAAGAUGCUCAGAUUGAGGAAAUUAAAGCCCUAUCUUCCCAGAAGCAGGAUACUAUUUCACAGCUUGAGCUGGCUCUACAGAACUGUAGGACUGAACUGAACGAGAAAGAGAAGAGGGUUUCAGAGUUGUCGCAAGUAGAGGACAAGCAAAAGAAACUUGCAUUCCAGUUCAAGAGGAGACUUGAUGCUUUGGGAAAGGAGAAGGAGGAGCUUAAUAAGGAAAAUCAAGCUCUUUCGAAACAGUUGGAGGAACUCAAACAAGGCAGAAGGACCACAGGGGAUGUUACAGUGGAACAGGUCAUGAAGGAAAAGGAGGAGAAAGACACCAGAAUACAGAUGUUGGAGAAAACUAUUGAGAAGCUAAGGGAGGUUCUGAAGAAAGAGAAAGACAGACGCCAGAAGAGUGAGGAGACGAUAGUGGAUUCCUUCAAAAGAGCUGAUGAGGAGAAAAAUAAGGUUACAAAUGAACUAGAGAAGCACAAACAGGCUGUGAAGCAGCUCUCCGAUGAGCUAGAAAAGAUGAAGCAAGCUGAAGGCAGUCUUCCAGAGGGUACUUCAGUACUUGAGGUUCUCUCAGGAAAUGCUCUGGAUGAUCUUGCUUCAGGCUAUGUCUUGGCUGUAGAAAGGUUUGAAAGGGUGGCCCAUUCACUUGCUAUUGAGUUUGGAGGGGCUCGUGCUUCCCUUCAUGAAUCUUCUACAGCUUCAGAUACUCCUAUCGUGUUACCUGUUGCGAGCACUCCUGCUCAAGCACCUACAGGUACUCCUGAGAAGAGUGACAUCAGUGUACCACCUAAACCUGCUGGGGAAGAAAGGGAGAGGAGAUCUGUGAUGCCUAGAACUGUCGCUGAUGCUCGUAAAAAUGUGAGAAGGUUGGUGAGGCCACGCCUGAACCCAGAGGAGGUGCAACAGCAGGACACGGAGAUGCCAGAAGCUGAAAGUGCACGAAAGCAACCUGUUCCUUCUCGGCAGGAUGCUGCUUCUGAGGGCAGUCUUGCUGCUUCAGCAGUCCAACAGCCACCACGGAAGCGCCAAUUAGCUCCAUCUGUUGCCGAGUCGGCGGAGCAGUCAGCAGCUGGGGGAGAAAGUGCUUCGAAGAGGUCCAAAGGACUGGAUAUGCCACAACCGGAAGAUGCCAGUCGGGGACAGUCAGUUGGUGGUGCUGUUGUUGCAGCUGAGGAAGCAUCUGAUGCUCUACCUCAAGGCCUAGACAAGGAUAAGGAUGUUGGUGGUGAUAGUCAGAUGGAAGAUACUCAGAUCUCUUUGGAGAAGGUUGAGGAGGACCAGCAGAUGGAACAACGGCCUUCAGAAGGAACUAGCGAGGAGAAUCUGGAUAAGGCAGGUAAUGGUCAAGGUGAUACAACUGGGAUGGCAUCUAGUGAUGUGGUGCAAGGGGAGGAGGAUCAGAUAGAGUCGGGCAACAAUCAACAGUUGAUUGAGGAGAGUGACAAAGAAGAGGGCGAGCUUGCCCCAGAUGCUGCUGAUCUCGAAGAGGAGGGAGGUGGUGGUGAUGCAUCUCCGGAAGCAGUGGGAGGAGGAGAAAAGCCCGAGGAAGCUGCUGCCACUACUCCCACGGCUUCUCCACUUAGGGGAGAUGAGGAUGUAGAUGUUGUGGUGGAAGAGACAGAGAAUAACUCUUCCCAGGAGGCUGCACUGCAGGAUGAUGAGAAGGGCGAGGAGGAAGGUGAGAUAACGGAGGAGGCAGCCGCAGAAGCCGAAGAACCUUCUAGUAAGAAGACUGAAAAGGAGCAGCAGCAGCAGCAGGUAUCAUCUGAAGCUGCUGCUGCUGCAGGGGAAAGUGCUGUUGUCCCGACUCCACCUCCACCAAUUCAGAGGAGCCCAAGUCCGGUUCUCAGCCCGAGCCCGAGCCCGAGCCCGAGCCCGAGCCCGGGGCCAAGUUUGACAACGCCAGGGAGCAGUUCAACAACCAUAAACUUGCGAGAGAGAGCAAGAGAGAAAGCUGCCUUGAGGCAGGCUGGGUCUCUCCCUUCGACUACCCCAGGUAGGGGUCGAGCGGUCCGUGGUCGUGGUGUGCGGGGACGCGGGGCUCGCACUGGACGUGGUGGCGGUCAGCCCCCCUCUGGUGAAUCAGGUCAGGGCUCCAGGUAAAAACAAAAUUAAAUAGAGUCAAAUUUACUUAAAAACUUGCAAGAAGGAGGAUCCUCUGCGCAGAGUGAGUUCCCUAGUUUUGGUAGUUUUUGUUGCUGGUUGACUUCUUGAUAACUGUCCUUGAUGUAGAGAAUAUUCAGAUGCCUCUACUUGUUGCUCCGAUCCUGGCAUUAUGCACGAGAACCUUGUUCCAGGAUUGAUAGUUGAAAUUGACGCUCGCGUGUUGUACGAUUUACCCAUUUUCUCGUC